AUGGAGAGGGUCAUCACCACGAAUGAACGCUCCCGAAUCACCUUCGAGCCCGAGGACCGUCUUGAACGUCGUCGUCGUCACAGUCGACAGCGAUCACAGAGUCGCGACUCUAUCAGCAGUAUCAGAUCGCGAGCACAAUCGACUUCUGCUGCUGCCGGCCUUCCAAUUGAGUUUCGCACCCUUUCCUUCCAGGUUGCCCAUUCACAAACUAUCAACGAUGUCGUCUCAGAAUCAAAAUGGAGACGCAAGGCAGCCCCCAAGACCAAGAAGACCAAGACACCAUUCAAGAAGACACCGAAGGCAGAAGACAAGCGACAGAACGAUGCAGAGCACUUUGAGAAGUUGGACUUCCACAUUCUCGAUGCCGACUCAGUGAUCCACGGGCUUCAAUCAUCCUCCACGCUGGGUUUGACAGCCGAAUAUGCUUCCACUCGCCUCGCGACUGAUGGAAAGAACAUGCUUCCUCGCAGGCGACAGAAUUAUGCUAAGAAGUUGUUCGAAUACGUAUUCGGCGGCUUCUGUAGCGUGCUCUGGGUCGGUGUAAUUAUCUUCUUCAUCUGUUGGAAACCGUUAGGAAAUCCUGACCCUCAAGCAUACAACUUGGGUCUUGCUAUCCUGGUCCUCAUCGUUAUCUUCCUCCAAGCAUGCUUCUCCGCCUUCCAAGAUUGGUCCACCGGCCGUACAAUGAAUGCCAUCUUGGACCUGCUACCAGCUGACGCGCUCGUUAUUCGCGCCGGUCAAACUACAAAGGUGCCUUCGACCGAUCUCGUUGUCGGUGACAUUGUCAAGAUCAGCAUCGGUAACAAAGUUCCUGCCGAUGUUCGUCUGUUGGCAACUUCGGGAGAUGUUCGCUUCGACAGAUCAAUGCUUACAGGAGAAUCUGAUGAGAUUGAGGGCGCUGUCGAGUCUACUGACAAGAACUUCCUCGAGAGUCGCAACAUCGGCCUCAUGGGCACUAUGGUCACCAACGGCUCUGCUACUGGUAUUGUCGUCUUGACUGGAAAGGACACCUGUAUGGGUCGCAUCUCCAGUGCUAUGGCUGGUGCCAAAGAGAAGCCAACUCUUAUCCAACUUGAGAUCAACCGCUUCGUCAAGAUCAUCGUCUGCCUGACAGUCGUCCUCGCCUUGGCCAUUCUUUUGACAUGGGUUGGUUGGUUGCGUCGCGACCAUCCAGCUUACAUGAGCACAGUAGCAAUGCUCAAUAAUGUCAUGGGAUGUGUGGUUGCUUUCAUUCCAGAAGGUAUGCCUGUCGCGGUGGCCUUGACUCUCAUGAUGGUCGCUCGUCGCAUGAAGAGCAGCAACAUCCUGCCCAAGGGCCUUUCGACUGUCGAAACAUUGGGCUGCGUGAACGUCAUCUGUUCUGACAAGACCGGAACCUUGACUGAGAACAAGAUGGUCGUCACCAGUGUUGGCUUCGUCGAUGAGCAGCUCACCGUUACUGAAGCCCUCUCAAAGAUGGAGACUGGUGACAACACAGUUCUCACCGAGCUCCACCGUGCCGCCGCACUGUGUAACGACGCUACCUUCGAUCCUUUGUCUAUGGAACUUCCUGUACUGGACCGUGAAGUUCAAGGCAACGCCACCGAUGGAGCUGUAUUGAAAUUCGCAGAAGUCGCUCAUGCUGACUCAACCAAGAGCCUACCUGACGCCCACCCGCGCAAAUAUCAGAUUCCCUUCAACAGCAAGAACAAGUGGAUGCUUACUCUUCACGACGAAGUCGAUGAGAACUACGAGUCUGCUCCCGAGAAGACCAAGUAUCUCGUCUACGUUAAGGGCGCCCCCGACAAGCUUCUCCCCUUCGCAACUUCUUACUGGUCUGCUAAGAACAGCUCUGUGUUACCUCUUGAUGCUGCAGCCAAAGCACAGUUCAGCGCUCUCCAGGAACGUCUUUCUCGCAAUGCUGAACGUGUUAUUCUCCUUUGCCAACGUCACUACAGUCCUGUGGAGGCUCUCGGCACCAACGCUUUCGGAGACGAGAUUCUGGAAAACGGUAUCGCCGAUCUGACCAUCAUUGGUGUCCUUGGUAUAACCGAUCCUCCUCGCAAGGAGACCGCCCCUACUGUCGCCUCGUGCCGUCGCGCUGGUGCGCGUUUCUUCAUGGUCACUGGUGACUUCGGAUUGACUGGUGCUGCUAUCGCUCGUAAUGUCGGUAUCUUCACCCACAGCGGCGAGCCUGACACCUACGAAACAAUCGCCGAAGGCCACACUUUUGUCAAUGACUCCGAAAAGGGUGCCCGUGUCAACAACAGUCUCUUGCUCGAAGGCCCAUCCAUCAACAAGCUCACCGACGAGGACUGGGACAUUGUCUGUAGCUAUGAGGAGAUCGUCUUCGCCCGCACUACACCUGAGCAGAAGUUGCGCAUCGUCAACGAACUCAAGGACCGCGACAAUGUUGUUGCAGUCACUGGUGACGGCGUCAACGAUGCACCUGCUCUUAAGGCUGCUGAUGUCGGUAUCGCCAUCGCUGCUGGCUCUGACGUUGCGCUCGAGGCUUCCGACUUGGUACUCCUUGACAAAUUCGAUUCCAUCGUCGAGGCCAUCCGCUUGGGUCGCCUGGUCUUCCAAAACUUGCAGAAGAGCAUCAUCUUCCUGCUUCCAGCAGGCUCCUUCAGCGAGAUCUGGCCCGUCAUGCUUAACGUCUUCUUCGGUGUGCCUCUCCCACUCUCUUCCUUCCUCAUGAUCAUCAUCUGUGUCUUUACCGAUCUUUUCCUCAGUAUGUCCUUGGUCAUGGAAAAGGAAGAAUUUGAUCUCCUCGAGCUGCCCCCUAGAAACCACAAGAAGGAUCACCUGAUUAACAUGAAGAUUUACGGACAAGCAUACCUCUUCAUCGGUGUUAUGGAGACUAUCUGCGCUCACGCAAUGUUCUUCCUCUACUACUGGCGUCACGCCAGAAUCCCCAUCAGCGACCUCUUCUUCGCUUUCGAGGGUUACUCUGAAGGUUUCCAUGGAUACACUCAAGCCGAGCUCACGCACUUCAACACUGUCGGUCAAGGUGUCUACUUUGUCACUCUGGUGUUCCUGCAGAUGGGUAACUUGCUCAGUGUACGCAGUAAGCGCAUGUCCAUCCUCCAAGCCGACCCCUUCCGUGCCGAGCGCCGUAACCCAUGGCUCUUGGCUGGUAUGGUCGUUUCCUUUGCUAUUGCAAUUUUCGUCACCAUGGUCCCUGGUAUCCAGACAAUCUUUGGUACUGCCACUGUACCCCUCGAGUUCUGGUUGAUCCCUAUUCCUCUUGCUUUGGGCAUUUUGAUCAUGGAUGAGAUUAGAAAGGUGUUGGUUAGAUCUUUCCCCAACGGUGUGCUGGCAAAGAUCGCAUGGUAG